UAUAAUUGUUUUGUAUCGUGACAUUAAUCGAAAUGACUUUCGAUAUAUUUGAGAAUCGAUAUUUCAAGUAUAUGAUUAUGGAGCAAAGAAACUAGUUCUAUUACAAGACAGAUUUGAUAUUUAAUUUAUUAAGUAAAUAUGUAAAUUACUUAAGGUAUAUAUAUGUAUAUACAAUGGAAAGUGCAGCAGCUUCGAUUCUAAAACGAGCGGUAGAAAGAGAUAACAAUAAACAAUAUACAAUGGCCUUUGUAUUAUAUCAAGAAGGUGUACAAAUACUUCUUGAUUCUAUGAAAGAAACAAAAGAUCCAAUAAGGCAGAAACAUUUUGCUACCCGGGCAUCGCAGUAUUUGGACAGAGCAGAAAAAAUAAAGGAUUUAAUUGAAAAGCAGAAGGCAAGUGGCAUAUACAGAGAAUUAAUCAAAAUUGAAACUGGUAGUACAGGAUAUGGUUAUGGUACUGUCUUUGGAAGAUUUUUAGAUGCUACAGUUACAUAUAUUUGUAUCGAAGACCCCUAUAUAAGAAUGUUUCAUCAGUGUCAAAAUUUGGUAAGGCUAUGUGAACUGGCAGUAAAAAAAUGUCAUGCACUCUCUAAAAUAUCUUUAAUUACAACCCUUGAUCCAGAAGAUAAGAAGAAUCAAAUAGCAAGAUUAGAAGAACUGAAACAGAGUUUAUCAUCUCAUCUUAUUUCUUUCGAAUUUAAUUUUUCUGAUACUUUACAUGACAGACAAAUAGUACUUAGCAAUGGUUGGAUAAUUAAGAUCGGCCGUGGAUUAGAUUAUUUUAAAGCACCUAAUGGAAAGUUCGUAUUAGGUUCUUGUGAUCUUGAAUUGAGACCUUGUUCUGAGACAACCAUAGAUGUAUUUCACAAAAGUCAACUAAAGAAUGAGCAGUUAGCGACCUAAAUAAUCAAUGCAGGAAAGUAAAUAAAAAUAUAACAAACAAA